AUACGAAAAUAAAGGUGAAGGUCGUGUAUAUGCAAAGAAAAAUCCCUGUCAGAAUCUGUAAUUUAAUCAUAAAAUGAAGCAUCGCUAGACACUUGUAACUUCACUCUGCUUAUAAUGAGUUCAACACGUUAUUCCGAAAAAUCAGGAGAUGAGCAGGAUGGACAAACUUUUGCUAGACCCGCUGCUCCACGAUCAAAUAUACGAAAGUCGGCUAGUUCAUCAGGAAGGCAAUCGAGCUCAAAGAAUGAGAGAGGCGGCGCUGCUGGUGCUGUAGAUGAGGAUUUCUUCAGAGAGAGUUUUACAGCCAAUUUACCAUUAAUUCAAAGCUGUAGCGCAAGAGACGUUCAAGAAAGAAUGUCUGCUAUUCAAGCCCUUUUGUCUAAUUCCCAAUCAGACUGGAACAAAAGAUGCAUUGCUCUCAAAGAAAUUCGAGCUCUAAUUGCUGCUGGAGCGUCUCAAUAUGAAGAGUUUUUUCGAGCUGUACGAAUUAUGGAGACAGGGCUUAUUCAAGCUGUUAGAGAUUUACGUAGUCAAAUCGUUAGAGAAGCUUGUAUAACUGUUGCGUUUAUGGCGCAAGAGCUUGGUUCUAAGUUUGAUCGUUUUGCUGAAAUUAUUCUGUCACACUUAAUUAAUCUGAUACCUAACUCCGCAAAAGUAAUGUCUACAUCUGGGGCAACUAGCCUUCGUUUUGUGCUACAGCAUACCCAUUCUCAUCGUCUCGUUCCAAUAAUCAUAAGUCAUUCGGCUUCAAAGUCAAAUGUUAUUCGACGAGAAUGCUAUGAUAUAAUAGCUUUAAUUCUUUCAACAUGGUCAACCCAUGAAUUGGAGAGAAAAGUUUCAGAAAUUCAAGGAGUGAUAUCUAGAGGAAUGGAGGACGCCGACUCAGAAGCACGAGCUCACUCAAGAAAGGCAUUUAGAGCUUUCUCUAAACAUUUUCCUGAAAGAGCUGAAACUUUACGGCAAUCCCUGGAUCCUGCUAAGCAAAAGAUGUUACAAGGGGAAUUUCCUACUUCUACCAGUAGUUCGUCUAUAGGAAGUGCCUGUGGUGGGAGAGCAAGUAGUGUUGUCAGCUCUUCAUCUAGAACUAAACCAAGUAGUCGUGCUAGAAGCACAGAUAGGAGAUUAGAAGCGUCGUCAUCCUCGUCAGCCGUUGGGAGAUUUACUGCAAGCGAUUCAAAGAGUAGAGUAAGAUCCUCCGGCUCUAAUUUAAAGACAACGGUUGUAACACCUAAAAAGAGUUCGAUAGCAAGGUCUUCAAGCGCUGCUGACGUAGGGAGAAUGAAUUCUCUUCCAGAGAGGGUACCGAUUGUGAAUGCUGAAAAUAUAAUGUCAACUUCCACAACUAUGGGGGAACUGCUUCAAACAGUCGAAGGUUUGCAAAGCUUAGCAGAGCAAGCUCAUUCAGGAAAAGAUAUACCUAUAUACGUAAAGAUCACACUUUCAGCACCUCAGCCAAACGAUACAAAUUCUGAAUCUGACGAUGACUCUGAUUUAAAAAAUAUUAGAGAAAUUUUAAGCAAUUGUAAGCCCACUUUUAAAACUCCUAAAAAGCUAGCAACUGAGGACAAUCGUUCAGAACAAAGAAGAACUAGUUUACCCAAUCUACUUGCAAAGUCUAAACCUCGAAAAUCUGUAACUGGUCAAAGUCCUACUUAUAUACCUACUCUACAACGUUCCAGACCUUCAAGAAGUAGUCAAUCUCAACCGGGCAGUCGGUCAACUUCCCCAUCCAGUCAUUUAAACUAUUUAACGAAUUCAAAUUAUGCGACAACUCCUCGGAAGCGCUCUGGUAUUCCCCGAUCUCAGGGUGCUAGUCGAGAAACUUCGCCAUCUAGGGGAGGUUCAACUUUUGGAAGGGAGCGUCGUUUGAGCUCCGGUAGCUCGAAAAAAGGUGCUGCUUGUCAACGUGUUCCAAGAGCUAAUAGUAGAGGCCUUAACGAAAUGCAAGUAGAACUAGCUUUUUCUGAUGCCGUGAGAGCAAGAAAGGCUGCGCACAAACAAUAUGAUAAUGACGAUGGGGAGAGUGAAACUUCAAGCAUUUGUUCUAAUACUUCAUUUGGUGGACGUUCCGAUGCUUCAGAUCGCUCAGAGAGACGCUCCAGUUUAUCAACAAUGCGUUUGCGGAAGGACAUAGCGGAAGUAGUUAGAAGCUUAGAAAGCAAAUCUUGGUCAGAAAAACGUGAGGGUCUUUUAUCUUUGCAAAAUUUUAUUAUGAACAGCCGAACUCUCAGUGAUAAGGAGUUGAGAAAAGUUAUAGAAGUCCUAACCAAAUUAUUUCAAGAUCAACAUGGCAAAGUAUUUAGUACACUAUUGGAAGUGCUACCAGACCUUGUGAGGACAUAUACUUUGCAAUUGUCUGAUUGGCUAUAUGUCCUUCUUACUCGUCUUCUAACCAAAGCUGGUAGUGACUUAUUGAACUCAGUCAAUUCUCGCCUUUGGAAAUGCUUGGAAGUGAUACGAGAUUGUUUUGAUUUGGAAAAUCAGUUUCAAAAUUUGUCAAAGUUUAUUAUAGACCAAUCUGUUUCUCCGAGUUUACGAGUGAAAGAUGCUGUUUUAAUUUAUAUGUUUGAUGUUGUUCAGCGUUUAGAUAGUGAUGUUAUUGGAUUAAAUUUCCAAAUGACUGAAGUUCGCUUGGCAAUAUCAAGAUUAAUCACCUGGACAUCAGAACCCAAAAGUGCCGAAGUGAGACGGUCCAGCGCCCAACUAAUUGUUGCUCUAUUUGAUGCGAACCCUCCAGCCUUCCAAAGUUUAAUAAGCGAACUACCUAAACCAUUUCGUGAUCCUGCCACAAAAGUUUUAAAAAAUCAUGUAAAAACAGCAUCGGCAGAAAAUCAUGGACAAAGUGAUAUAUCAUCGCCCUUGAGAAGAUUUACAUCAAAUAGAAAUUCAACAGGCGCAACUGGAUCAACUCCAUGUCAAGAUAAAAUGAAGCCUGAAGAUUUUUAUGCUAGCAUCAAGCAAACUACUGCUGAUAUUGAAAAAUUGCAUUUGAAUAGACUAGAUGCUGGCGAUGCAAGAGAUCUACAUAACAGUGAUACAGCAUCUAGAGACUCCGGUAUUCAACUACAUCCAAGCUACAACCCAGCGCAGUAUACUUCCGAUGAUGUAAGCAUUAAUCGUAACGCAGCACCAAUGGUUAAGUCAACGUAUGAAGAACAGAUUUUUGAUGCUGAAGAAGAUAUACUGUUUAACGAUGGAACCUUAGUUGGGGAUGAAAUGGCUGUGAUUUUGUGCGAACUAUCGAAUCACGGAACUAGAUUUGAACAACGUAGGCAGGCUCUGUUGAACUUGUUGAGUUUGGCUCGUGGUAAUACUUCAACGGAAGUGGAUUGGAAUGAACAUUUUAAAACAGUCCUUCUCCUUCUCCUCGAAACAGUUAUAGGAAGCGAGGGAAGUGCUGAUAACGAAGUUAUAUUAAGAGUACUUGCCUUGCGAGCUCUUCGGCAAUUAGUACAAAGACAACACUCAAGAUUCCAACCUUACAUUGAAUUAACGGUUAUGAAAGUCAUUGAGGCCCAGUCUGAGGGUAUCCAUAAAGAUGUUACCAGAGCUGCUGAAGAUUGUGCUAUUGCAAUUGCGGCAACUGCAGAUCCAAGACAUAUUUUAAAAAUUAUUUCCCCUUUAAUUUCAACGGCUGUUUACCCAAGAAAUGUAGCUGCUUUAAAAAUGCUUACAAAAGUCAUUGAAAAUUCGACGAAUCAGUUGGUUGGAUUAGUUAUCAACGAAGUCGUUCCAGUUUUGCUUGUAUCUUACAACAGUACGGAAUCCAUUGUUCGUAAAACAUCCGUUAUGGCUCUUGUAGCUAUAACCGUUAAAGUUGGCGAAGAAAUAAUACGACCUCACCUGGAAAGUUUGAGUACAAGCAAGAUGAAAUUGCUAAAUUUGUAUAUUAAAAGAGCUAACGGUCAGGCUAGUGGCGUUGGUUCAACAGCUUCAUCUUCAAAUACUGUUCAUCAGUCGGAUGAAGUGUAA